AGGCCCGUAUAGAGUGACGCUGACAACACCUACAGCCUGCAAAGUCGAAGGCAUCUCCCAGUGGAUACACAACACACACUGCAAAAGACAACAGGUACAGGCAACCGAGUAGUAUUAUCUGUGAGAAAAAACCCAACUGAGGGAGGGGAAAAGUCUGCCUACAAAGGGGGUCAGCAGCAUUUAGAGCACUGGUCGUCUCAACGGCAGCGAAGAAACCAGCGGUACCUUCUCUCACUUAGGGGGACAUUCUCAUAAGGAGAUACUAUGAGGGGACACUGUCCAGCCACGGGAGUUGUACUAACUGCCCUUGUACUGUUGAUUGAUGCUAGGCCACUCCCCGACCUCAUCAAGGAUGAGGAGAGACCUACUGACCAGUAUCACACUAAUUUGUGGUAUUGUUAAAUGAAGACAGAGCACUCUUAACUUUACUGGUUCAGUGUGUCACUUAUUAUGAUGGUCCUGAUUUCAUGGGGACCCUCCCACAGUCUGAUAUCAACUAUGUUUGUAGGCACACAAUCUAUGUGCAUCUUCCACCCAAUUGGGUAGGUUGGUGUGCCCCUGUUUAUGUUUCAGAUGGCUCCUACGUGAUAACACCACAGCAGACGACUUCCAAGGGACAGCUACAGAAGCGAGAGAUUGAUCUGAAGGAAAGUGAUCGGAUCUGGGGAUCAGACGUUCCCAUGGACAAGAAGCUCUGGACUACAGGCCAGAAAGUGGCACUAUCCCUAUUUCCAUGGGUGGGGGACCGCCUGGUGUUAGAUCUGCUCACUGCAAGCCAAGGUGGAGUGUGUGCAAUAGUGGGCCCCAAGUGCUGCACAUACAUUCCAGGAGACGACCAAGACGCAAAGGUCACCCAACAGGCACUCUGUGACCUACAGCACAUAUCCAAUGUGCAGGCGGCUGAUGUAGUGAAAGACAAAUCCUGGUUUGGUUGGUUUAGGUCUGGCACAUGGACUGACAUUAUGAUAAAGAUUUUUGGACCGAUUCUACUGAUUCUUUUGGUUCUGAUGCUGAUUGUGUUGUGCGUAAUUCCCUGUUUGAGGGCCAUGAUCAUCAGGCUGGUGAAUCAAGGCCUUCUCAGGGUGUGCGCAGUCAUGCACUCUCAACAAAUACACUAUACACCUUUAAAGCUUGAUAACUGUAAAGUGAACCUCCACGAUGUCGACGUAAUGGACGCUAAGCUGUAAAUAUUGUGCUUCUGUGCUUUUGACCCUACCUCCGAUGUUCUAACAUUUAUUCCAUGUUUUAUGAUGACUGCACUCAAAAUCAAAAGACGUUGUGCUGUUCUGAUGUAUGCAUGAUUGUUUAAUGAAUGUUUCAAUGUUAAACAGGAGGGAAAUGUUGGAGAAAUACUGCAUUUAAUCAUUGAAACAUUGUUGGAAUUUAUUUUGCUGAUCUGCUCAAGCCUUGUCAGCUGUGCUAUAGCCUUGAAGUUUUCUCCCUUCUGCUCUGCAAGAAAUAGGGAGUACCGGUGUGUAGCAUCCUUAUCUGAUGAGCCCAAUGCUUGCUUUGUGCAGAGAAUAUUUCCUACGUACUGUGUGACUAUGCACCUCCCAGAAUGCAAUACAUAUUAUGAGCUGAAUCCCUGUCUUCUCUUCAGUGAGAGGAAGUUGCCUUUGCUGUAAACUGCUCACUCCUUGCAAGUAAAAUCCUGAAGAAGGUCUCAACUGA